UUAGUCAGAACUGAAGUCAUUCGUUCAAAACAAAAAUUCAAAAACAAAAGAAUACCGCCGACGUUCGCACUCCCGCAAAUAUUAUCGGAAACAUGUUAUUACUUGCCACAGUAGUAAUUUAUUAUGAUAACAAUGAUCAAAAUGGACAUUCUGACUAAUCUUUAUAAAGUCAAUGUCUUAGUUAUCGAAUUGAUAAUCUAAAUAAACCGCAUAUAAUAAGGGCACCAGUAGAAUAAAAAAUCAUUCAAGAUUUAAUUUUCGAGUCAUAUACUCGGAAAAGACAUUUCUUCGUAAUGGAAAAAUUUAAAGGUAUUCUAUUAGUAUUAUACGCAGUCGCAUUGUCAAAUGCAUCUGUCAUCAAAGAAAACACCAAUAAAGCUACCAAAGGGGUCAAUUUCGAAUCCGGUAAAGCUACUGAAAUCUGUGCUCGUAUAGGUUCAGAUGGUAUACUAGUUGCUCAUGAACAUUGCACAAGAUUUUAUAAAUGUGCAGAAGGUCGUCCUGUAGCACUUAAGUGCCCUCCAAAUCUAUUGUUUAAUCCUAGCAACGAGCAAUGUGACUGGCCUCAUAAUGUAGAGUGUGGAGACAGAACCAUUCCAGAAGACGACGAUGAUGUUGAUAGUGAAAGUGACAAUGGCAGUGGAGGAAACGGAAACGAAAACGAUAACACUGGAAAUGGACACGCCGACCCCAGCCUGGCUACUGAAAUAUGUGCUGAAAAAGAUUCAGACGGUGUUCUGGUCGCCCAUGAGCACUGCACCAGAUUUUACAAAUGUUUCGAUAGUCAUCCAGUAGCCCUCAUUUGUCCUCCAAAUCUGUUGUAUAAUCCUAAUAACGAGCAGUGCGACUGGCCUCAUAAUGUAGAGUGUGGAGACAGAAUCAUUCCAGAAGACGACGAGGAUGUUGAUAGUGAAAGUGACAAUGGCAGUGGAGGAAACGGAAACGAAAACGAUAACACUGGAAAUGGACACGCCGACCCCAGCCUGGCUACUGAAAUAUGUGCUGAAAAAGAUUCAGACGGUGUUCUGGUCGCCCAUGAGCACUGCACCAGAUUUUACAAAUGUUUCGAUAGUCAUCCAGUAGCCCUCAUUUGUCCUCCAAAUCUGUUGUAUAAUCCUAAUAACGAGCAGUGCGACUGGCCUCAUAAUGUAGAGUGUGGAGACAGAACCAUUCCAGAAGACGACGAGGAUGUUGAUAGUGAAAGUGACAAUGGUAAUGGAGGAAACGGAAACGAAAACGAUAACACUGGAAAUGGACACGCCGACCCCAGCCUGGCUACUGAAAUAUGUGCUGAAAAAGAUUCAGACGGUGUUUUGGUCGCCCAUGAGCACUGCACCAGAUUUUACAAAUGUUUCAAUAGUCAUCCAGUAGCCCUCAUUUGUCCUCCAAAUCUAUUGUAUAAUCCUAAUAACGAGCAGUGCGACUGGCCUCAUAAUGUAGAGUGUGGAGACAGAACCAUUCCAGAAGACGACGAGGAUGUUGAUAGUGAAAGUGACAAUGGCAGUGGAGGAAACGGAAACGAAAACGAUAACACUGGAAAUGGACACGCCGACCCCAGCCUGGCUACUGAAAUAUGUGCUGAAAAAGAUUCAGACGGUGUUCUGGUCGCCCAUGAGCACUGCACCAGAUUUUACAAAUGUUUCGAUAGUCAUCCAGUAGCCCUCAUUUGUCCUCCAAAUCUGUUGUAUAAUCCUAAUAACGAGCAGUGCGACUGGCCUCAUAAUGUAGAGUGUGGAGACAGAACCAUUCCAGAAGACGACGAGGAUGUUGAUAGUGAAAGUGACAAUGGCAGUGGAGGAAACGGAAACGAAAACGAUAACACUGGAAAUGGACACGCCGACCCCAGCCUGGCUACUGAAAUAUGUGCUGAAAAAGAUUCAGACGGUGUUCUGGUCGCCCAUGAGCACUGCACCAGAUUUUACAAAUGUUUCGAUAGUCAUCCAGUAGCCCUCAUUUGUCCUCCAAAUCUGUUGUAUAAUCCUAAUAACGAGCAGUGCGACUGGCCUCAUAAUGUAGAGUGUGGAGACAGAACCAUUCCAGAAGACGACGAGGAUGUUGAUAGUGAAAGUGACAAUGGUAAUGGAGGAAACGGAAACGAAAACGAUAACACUGGAAAUGGACACGCUGACCCCAGCCUGGCUACUGAAAUUUGUGCUGAAAAUGAUUCAGACGGUGUUUUGGUCGCCCAUGAGCACUGCACCAGAUUUUACAAAUGUUUCAAUAGUCGUCCAGUAGCCCUCAUUUGUCCGCCAAAUCUGUUGUAUAAUCCUAGUAACGAGCAGUGUGACUGGCCUCAUAAUGUAGAGUGUGGAGACAGAACCAUUCCAGAAAACGUCGAGGAUGAGGACAACGAUAAUGCCAGCGAUGGCAAUUUGGACGGAAACGAAAAUGAAGGCAAUGACAACAGCAGCGGUAACUGCGAUCCCAGCGCAGCUCCUACGUUGUGUGCUCAAACUGGUUCAGAUAGUGUUCUAAUUGCCCACGAAAAUUGUGAUAAAUUUUACAUAUGCUGGAACCACAAGCCUGUAGUUCUCAGCUGUCCUCCAAAUCUCCUCUACAAUCCAUCGAAAGAAGAAUGCGAUUGGCCUCAGAAUGUCGACUGCGGUUCAAGAAUUAUUCCAUAAACACAUACAUACAUACUUUUUUCGAGAAAUUAUCGUUUUAUGUAGCAUUAUGGAUUUUAGAUUAUUGAACUGUUUUUAGUCGGUUUUACUUAAAAAGUUAUUCUGUGAUAUGCAUAGUUACAUCACAUGAUCUCAAAAAAUAUAUAUGCGGAAAUUAAAAUUUAAAUUCAUAGGUUUGUUGUUAUUAUUUAAAGAGAAAUAUUUUAAUACAUAAUAUUUAUUGGCACAAUUUGUUUAUUAACAAAAUAAAUGCGAAAAUUAUUGCAAAA